AUGAAGCCCGUCGUAUCGGCGCUUAAUGCCUGGAGCUGCUUUGUCAUUUCUAUCUUCGCCGUGAUCAUCCUAUCAGUCCUCGGCUCUCUAUUCAAAAGCAAUCACCAUUCCCUCACUGGUUCCAUCGACGACCCCGAAAACGGACCAGCUGUUGCAGCGUCGAUAUUCACGGCCGCCAUCGUAUACGCAUUCUUCAUGGUAUUCUGCGGCAUACAAGCUUUCCUACACGUCCGAUCGAGUCGAAGAGGGGCAAUAUCGUUGAACUAA